CGUCGUCAGGUUGUUAUAGUGGGUUCGCGUGCCAAGAUUCAGGUCUUAUGACGUAAGGUUACGCUGCUGUGCCUCGAAACUUGCCCAAUUCAACCAUUGCGAUCCGCACUCAACACCUGCUCCCACCAAAAAACAAAGAUAGCCCUCCCCUUUCUCGUAUCAUCUUACUCCGUUCAUUCUCCACGUGUGCUUGUCUCUACGUUCUGUUACGAAUGGGUUGAAAGCUCCAAACCCCCUGCCCCCUACUGGCCGUCCAUCAGUCGCAAUGUCGGGCGUCGAUGACGCCGACGAUGUACGCCGCUACCAGGCGCCGUACAGCGCUCACCGACCUGUCCCCACGAUAUCCAAGUAUCGCGAGGAAAAGGCUGCGCGACAGCAGAAUGCUCUCAAGGCCGACGAGAGCCCCGACGAGGGCGCCGCGUCGCUCUGGGGUUGGAACCAGGCCAAGCCAGAGGCCCAAACAGACGGCAAGCCUGAUGCGCCUGAUGCCGCCGCCGCCAGCGCUGAAGCCAGUCAGCCUCCUCAACAGGCGGACGGCCUCGAGAAAGACGAUGACGAAGAACAAGACGAGGCCCUCAAGGACACGUCCCAGAUCGACCCGGGAGCCACCGAUCCCAAGCAGCGCCGCAAGGAGAUGAAGCACCGCAAAAAGGAACGUGCCGAGCGAGAGGUCACUGAUCCCGUCACUCACCUUCCCGUCACCAUCCACGACUUCACCAGCGAGGCCCUCGAGGAAAUCGAGGCCAACAGUCCCUCGUUUGGCUCGACGCCAAAGACGGCCACCGGCCUGAGCGCCAAGGGAAAGUCGGACGAGCAGCUCGCUACCGAGAAGCAGCGCAUGCAGGACGACCACGACAUGCUCACCAACCGGUUCCCGCCGCCAGACUUUGAUGUCUUGGGUCAGCAGUUUGCGGCCAUCACGAGGCGGGGCAUCACCAUUGGAUUGUGCGGCGCUUUCAUCAUUGCCCUCGGAGCACUAACGCUGGAGCGCUGGCUUCACGGCCGGCGAGACGCACAGCCCAACGGUAGCGGCUGGCUUGGAGCAAGCUUCACGUGGGCGACGCUGCUGGCUCUGAGUGCCGCGGCCGUCGCUGCUUUGGUCGUCGGUGUCCGCGACUACACAUCCCGGAAAAUCACCAGCAUCUUCCAGGACGAGCUGUGGGAUGCGCAGCGCCAGCAGAUAGAGGCCGACGCCAACAGGAAUCAGACCGAGACGACGGCCUGGCUCAACUCGCUCCUCGGCUCGGUGUGGCCUCUGAUCAACCCCGACCUGUUUGCCAGCUUAUCAGACACCCUCGAAGACGUCAUGCAGGCGUCUCUCCCAAAAUUCGUCCGCAUGGUCAGCGUCGAAGACAUCGGCCAGGGCAGCGAGGCGCUUCGGAUCCUCGGCAUCCGCUGGCUCCCCACGGCCGCGGCCGCUCACUCUGUGACCCAGGAUGGAAAGCUCACGACGCAAGAGCAAUGCGACAGUGGCAAGGGCAACGACGAUCAGGAGGACGGCCUGGGCGACUCGGACCCCAAGAUGCAGGCAGACAAGAAAGCCAUUGCCGAGGGCAUGGAGGGCGAGGAGGGCGACUUUGUCAACAUGGAAGUCGCCUUUGCCUAUCGCACGCGCUCAAGCUCCAAGAGCCUCAAGGACCGAACCAAGGACAUGCACCUCUAUCUGGCUUUCUAUCUGCCCGGAAACAUCAAGAUACCCGUCUGGGUCGACCUGCAGGGCAUCAUUGGCAUCAUGCGGCUGAGGCUGCAACUGACGCCCGAUCCCCCCUUCUUCGCCCUCUGCACCAUGACGUUUCUGGGCCAGCCAAAGGUCAAUCUCAGCUGUACGCCCCUGAGCCAGCGUGGCCUCAACAUCAUGGACAUUCCUCUCAUCAGCAACUUUGUGCAGUCCGCUGUCGAUGCGGCAGUGGCCGAGUAUGUGGCGCCAAAGAGCCUGACCCUCGACCUCAAGGACAUGCUCGCAGGAGACGACUUCAAGAAGGACACGAACUCGGUCGGCGUCCUCAUGAUUAACAUCAAGAGGGGCUACGACUUCAAGAUGGGCGACACGGCGAUUCCCUUCUUCAGCGACGGCAGCUCGGAUCCUUACGUCUCCGUUGGGUGGGCCAAAUUUGGCAGGGUACUCUGGAGCACGCGCAUCCUCACGUCGGAGAUGGAGCCGCGAUGGGACGAGACGUGCUUUGUCCUCGUUACUCCAGAGGAGCUGAAUAUUGAAGAACGGCUGCGCGUCCAGCUCUGGGACUCUGAUCGGUUCACUGCCGACGAUGAUCUGGGCCGCAUCGAAGUGCCACUCAAAGAGCUCAUGACCGACGAGCAGUCCAAAGGACGCAUGUGGAAGCGCACCGACGGCUUCAGGGCCCUCAAAUCCGGGGACAACAUGCCUGGGAAGCUCGAGUGGAGCGUCGGGUACUUUACCAAGGCGAAGAUUCAGCAGGAUCAAUUUGACAAGCAGACCCACGAUCGCAAGGUCAGGUCCAUGGAUCAGCUGAGGCACAAGGUGGACCAGAGCUGCGAGCGGAAGCUCCGAGAGACCAUGUUCAAGGAAGGGCAAACGGAGCGAGACGAAGCCGAGCUGCAGCAGCAAAAGGCACAGGAGCUCAAGGCAGAGCAGGACGCCAUGAUUAUAUCCGCCCCGCCGCCGGACAAGUAUCCCAGCGGGCUGUUCAGCCUACAGAUCCACAACAUCACCGGGCUCGAGCUCGUCAAGCUCAGCAAGUCGCAGAGCGUCGACGACGAGGAGGCGAGCGACGAGGAGGAAACGGGCGAGAGCCUCCCGAGCUCGUACUGCACCGUCAUCGUCAACCACAGCAAGACGUUCAAGACGCGAACCAAGCCCCAGAACGCGAAGCCCUUCUUCAACGCGGGGUGCGAGCGCUUCAUCCGCGACUGGAGGGACUGCGACGUCUACGUCUCCGUCCGAGACGCCCGGCUGCACGAGGACGACCCCCUGCUGGGCAUCGUGCACCUGCCCCUCGGCGACAUAUUCAGGGACCGCUCGCAGGUCAUGGGCUUCUGGCCCCUCUCGGGCGGCAUCGGCCACGGCAGGAUCAGACUGUCCAUGGUCUGGAGGAGCGUGAGGCUGCAGGCGCCGCGGAACCUCCUGGGCUGGAACUACGGCACCGUGGACGUGCAGCCGCGGGCCACCAGCUCGGACUGCCCGCGGGACCUGCGCUCCUGCAAGCUCAAGCUCAAGACCAACAUAAGCAUGGGCAAGCUGUACGCACGAGGUGGUGGCGGCCAUGAUGACGACAAUAACAACAGCAGCAACAACAACAGCAACGAGGCCAGGUGGACGGCCAAGAGGGGGCAAAACGUCAGCCUCGCGGUGCACAAGCGGUACAGCAGCUGCAUGUCCAUCUCGUUCAAGGACAAGGGCUUCUUCGGGGACAAGGUGGCGGCGUUUUGCGUCCUGUGGCUCAAGGACAUACCCGACGAGGAGGAGCAGGAGCUCGAGCUGCCCAUCUGCAAGGGCGACUUUGAACGCGCAACGGCCAACUGCCUCGACGAGGCGGGCGAGAGGCUUGGUACCUUGAAGCUGAAGCUCACGUUCUGGGCCGGCAUGGGCGCCGCGCACUCAGCGUGGGCUUCGCGCAAUCAAAACACGCGCGACGUGGUCGAAGUCAUCGACACGUCGCGCGACAACCUCGACGCGGACAAGAUGCAGAAGGAGGCCGGCAUCGUGGACGAGGAGGCGUCGAGCGACAGCGACAGCUCCGACAGCGACAGCUCUGAUGACGACGACGAUGAUGACGACGACAAAAAGGUCAACAACGGCGAGGGCAAAGCCAAGGGCAGAAGAAACGGCGUCGGCGGCCGGUCCGCGAUCCCCGACGGCAGCGAGGGCGACAAGCAGGGCCCGCUGGACCAGAUCCGCGACUACCGCCGGCGGGACAAGGCGCUGCACAGGCAGCACCGCGGCAUCAUGCAGUGGAAGGUGCCGCGGACGGGCCGCUGGGUCAAGCACAAGAUGGAGAGGGUCGGCGACGGCGUGUCGGGCUUGUUUGACCGGCACUCCAAGCAGGAGGGCAUCGAGACGGAGGUGUGAGUGUGCUCUCUUGUGUGUCUGUAUGUGCUUGGCGCGCCGCGGCCUGGGAAUAAAAGAUGUGGUUUUCGCCCCGUUCCCUUGCCCUUCACGUUGAGCGUGGAAGGUGGGAUGUGGGACGUUGUGUGCGUGUGGGAUCUACACCUGACAGCCACGUUAGAUGGAUAAAUAUAUAUAUAGAGAGAGACGGAGACAGAGACAGAGAGCCGCUGUACCAGGCAGUGAAUUGUAAGAACAGAGAGACGUGGAAAAAGUAUAAAGACUAUCAAGGCCUGCUCCACGGCCCACGACGCGGCGGCGUCAAAGUACAAGAGAACAAGACUGAGC